GCCAGCUUUAUGCAUAAACAAACUGAAGAGGAAGUCCAACUAAAUGAUAGAGGAAAAAGUAUUCAAAUAUCUAUAUAUGAGAUGAACCUUGAUCAUCAAUCCAUUCAUCGUUUAGAAGGUAUUCAGGAAGAAGUUGGAGGAUUAGUAAUUAAAAAACCAAAAUCACAAGCGGGUGAAAAUGUUGUAUUUAAACCACCACAUCCUAAAAAAUCUCUUCUUGGUCUGGAUGUCCUGGCAGCUCAAAAGAGAAAAGAAAAAGAAUUCAAUGAAGUAGAAGAAAUGAAACGCUCAAAAGUUUCAUCAUAUCAGAAUGACUGGGAUGAAGAUGAAGAUGUUGAAGAGGAUGAUGAUAAACAUUCUAAAGAAAAAACUCAUGCAAGGCACUACCGAGGAUCAAGAGUAGAGACACCCUCUUAUACAGGUGGUGUCAGCAAUGAAUUUAAGGAGCGACUGUAUGAGCGACAAGACAGAGAUCGGGAACGUGGAGUCUAUGCUUCUAGUUCUAAAUCCAAAGACAAAGAAAGAACGAAGGAGAGAGAUUAUAGAAGAAGUAAAGACAAAAGUUCUCGUCGAAGUGAAAGAAGUAGGGACAGAGACAAAUCAGAACGAUAUUCUGAAUAUUCAAGCAGGCGUUCCCACAAAGACUGGGAAGAGACACCACGGCGAAGAGAGGAACCUUCAACACCACAAAUCAGGCCAAAAGAUACUCCAUCUAGGUGUAAUUGGGAAGAAGAUGAUGACAGUACUCCAUCAAAACAUUCUUCAUGGGAUCUUCCAACUCCUUCCUCUCGCUCUGGCAGAAGUAACAAAAGUGAGCGUAGUGUCCUUUCAGAAAGAAAAAACAAGAAAUACCACAGUGAUACACCUCUACCCACCCCAGCCUACAAGUACAAUGCUUGGGCUGCUGAUCGUAAAAAAACUGGAGCAACACCGAGGACUUUAGAAGAUGCUGGCAAAACAAACAUGCCAUGGGCCUCAGAGGAGGAUCGUUUUGCUUGGGAGGAAGAACAAAAACGUUUGGAUCGAGAAUGGUAUUCCAUUGAUGAAGGUUAUGAUGAGACACACAAUCCAUUUGGAGGAAUGUCCUCAGAAUAUACAAAAAGGAAAGAAGAAGCUCUUGAAAAAAAAAUGAAGCGCAUGUCAGCACAGCAAAGACAGAUUAAUAAGGAUAAUGAAAAAUGGGAGACUAAUCGAAUGUUAACCAGUGGAGUUGUUCAAAAACUUGAGUUUGAUGAAGACUUUGAAGAGGAUAAUGAAGCCAGAGUCCAUUUACUUGUCCAUAACCUGGUGCCUCCAUUUCUUGAUGGACGUAUUGUAUUUACAAAACAACCAGAACCAAUAAUUCCUGUCAAGGAUCCUACUUCUGACAUGGCUAUUGUUUCAAGAAAGGGAAGUGCAAUCGUAAAGCACUUUCGGGAACAAAAGGAGCGUCGUAAAGCCCAGAAGAAAGAAUGGGAACUAGCUGGAACAAAACUUGGUGACAUUAUGGGUAUCAAAAAAGAAGACGAAAAGAGUAAAGAAGUAAAUGAAGAUGGUGACACAGAUUAUAAAGCUGAUCAUAGAUUUGCCAAGCACAUGCAAGAAAAGGAUGAAGCUUCAAGUGAGUUUGCUAAGAAGAAGUCCAUUUUACAACAACGCCAGUACUUGCCAGUAUUUGCUGUUCGUCAGGAGCUGCUGACUAUUGUUAGAGACAACAGUGUUGUCAUAAUUGUUGGAGAAACUGGUUCAGGGAAAACAACGCAGUUGACACAAUAUCUCCACGAAGAAGGCUACAGUAAAUAUGGCAUGGUGGGAUGCACCCAACCUCGACGUGUUGCUGCUAUGUCAGUAGCAAAGCGUGUUUCUGAUGAAAUGAGUGUGAAUUUGGGAGAUCAAGUGGGAUAUGCCAUUCGAUUUGAAGAUUGCACGUCAGAGAAAACUUUGAUCAAGUACAUGACUGAUGGUAUUUUACUACGAGAGUCUUUAAGGGAACCUGAUCUAGACAAUUAUAGUGCUAUAAUAAUGGAUGAAGCUCAUGAACGUUCUCUAAACACAGAUGUUUUGUUUGGACUGCUAAGAGAGGUUGUGGCUAGAAGAAAAGAUUUGAAACUUAUUGUUACCUCAGCAACAAUGGAUGCUUCAAAGUUUGCCUCUUUCUUUGGUAAUGUCCCAGUUUUUACAAUUCCAGGACGAACAUUUCCUGUUGAGAUUUAUUUCAGUAAAAACCCUGUUGAAGACUAUGUUGAUGCUGCUGUCAAGCAAGCAUUACAGAUUCACUUACAACCCAGUAUUGGGGAUAUCCUAAUUUUCAUGCCUGGACAAGAAGAUAUUGAAGUUACUUGUGAAUUGAUAUCAGAGAGGCUAGGUGAAAUAGACGAUGCUCCCCAAUUGGCUAUUCUUCCGAUCUAUUCUCAGUUGCCAAGUGACCUUCAAGCGAAGAUCUUUCAAAAGGCUCCUGAUGGAGUUCGAAAGUGUGUGGUAGCCACAAACAUUGCAGAAACAUCUUUAACAGUGGAUGGGAUCAUGUUUGUCAUUGACAGUGGUUACUGUAAGUUAAAGGUAUACAAUCCAAGAAUAGGUAUGGAUGCCUUACAAGUGUACCCAAUUAGUCAGGCUAAUGCAAAUCAAAGAUCUGGAAGAGCUGGUAGGACAGGGCCUGGUCACUGUUUCCGGCUUUACACAGAAAGUCAGUACAAGCAGGAAUUGCUGGUGACAACUGUGCCAGAGAUCCAGAGGACCAACUUGUCAAAUGUAGUUUUGCUCCUCAAGUCUCUGGGAGUCCAGAAACUAUUACAGUUUCAUUUCAUGGAUCCUCCACCAGAGGAUAAUAUGCUUAACUCCAUGUACCAAUUGUGGAUCUUGGGUGCAUUGGACAAUGUGGGUAACCUUACUCCACUUGGACGUAACAUGGUUGAAUUUCCUCUUGAUCCUGCACUGUCAAAGAUGCUCAUUGUUUCCUGUGAAAUGGGGUGUAGUUCUGAAAUUCUGAUUAUCGUUUCCAUGCUGUCAGUACCGGCAAUAUUUUACAGACCUAAAGGACGAGAGGAAGAGAGUGAUGCUGCAAGAGAAAAAUUUCAGGUCCCAGAAAGUGAUCAUUUAACAUUUUUAAAUGUUUAUCAACAGUGGAGUAACAACAGCUACUCAUCAUCGUGGUGUAAUGAACACUUCAUUCAUGUAAAGGCUAUGAAAAAAGUUCGAGAAGUUCGGCAACAGCUGAAAGAGAUCAUGGUUCAGCAGAAAAUGGACAUUGUGUCGUGUGGAAGUGAGUGGGAUGUUAUACGGAAAUGUAUCUGUUCAGCAUACUUCCAUCAAGCUGCUCGCCUCAAGGGAAUUGGAGAGUAUGUAAACUGUCGUACAGGAAUGCCAUGCCAUCUUCAUCCUACAAGUGCCCUUUUUGGCAUGGGCUUCACACCAGACUACAUAGUCUAUCACGAACUUGUAAUGACAGCAAAGGAAUAUAUGCAGUGUGUAACAGCAGUUGAUGGUCAUUGGUUGGCAGAGCUUGGGCCCAUGUUCUAUGCUGUCAAGGAAUCAGGAAAGUCUCGAUUGGAAGGAAAGCGUGCGGCAAAAGAAAAUCUAUCUCAGAUGGAAGAAGAGAUGGUCAUUGCAGAGGAGCAGUUGAAGAGACGGAAAGAAGAACAAGAAGCUAAAAAUCAGUUUUCUAGUAGAAGAAGUAAUAUUUUAACACCAGGACGGAGAGAACCAGGAACUCCAGUCACUCCCAGAAGAACUCCUGCUAGGUUUGGAUUGUGAAUAAUACUGCAUUAUAACUAAGGUGUAAAUAAACACUUGUGUAAAUAUUUUAUACUGCUGAUUAAGUUACCUAUUGACAUUUACAACCAGUGUGUAAUGCUUUGUUUUAAUAAUCCUGUAAAUACGUACGAGUGUAAAUAUUGUAUACUGCUCAUUAAAUUACCUGUUAACC